AUGGCCAACCUCGCCCUGCCGAGUGCGUCGGUCAACUCGCCCGCGAAGAAGCGCAAGCGCGCCAAGAAGGACAAGGAUGAGGAGGAGGAGAUUGAUGUCUCUGCCGAUGACCUGGUCGCGGCCGAGGGCGAGCGGCAACGCGGCGACGGCGACGAGGAUGAUGACGAGGACGAGGGCGAGCAGCAGCCUCAGGCGGCGACGGGAGCCGAUGUGAAGCGCGAGGCGAAGAGGCGAAGAGACGAAACCCUGCUGCUCCGCGGCAUGCUCGACGAGGAGCAGGGCAAGCGCUUCGAUGCGUUCCGGUCUGCAGUUAUCCCAAAGGCGGUCGUGAAGAAGCUGCUUUGGACCAAAGCUGAUGCCCAGCUCAACAAGGACCUGUACGACCAGCACAUCCCGAACAACCUGACGGCCGUGGUGGCGGGUAUGGUCAAGAUCUUUGUCGCCGAUGUCGUUGAGACCGCGCGCGAGAUGCAGCCGCACUCGGCUCAUCCCGAGGGACCACUGCAGCCGUACCACUUCCAGCUCGCGAAGCAGCGUCUCCAGGAACGCGGUUUGCUCGGUGCGCCCGCCGGCGCGCCGCCGAGCCAGAGGAGCACGACCGGUCUCCGUGCCAGGAAGAGGCUGUUCCGUCGAUGA